GGAAAGGGGGAGGAAUGAAAGCUUAUUGCUAGCAAUAGCAAACGUGCAGGGCUUUGGACGCGAGUAAAAUUAAACAGAAAAACCGACCAAUGCGUUUUUCGGUUCGCAAGAUUGAAGGCGUCUAAUAGUGGGUGACCGCAGAACAAGUGGCACAGGAAGGGUAUUCAUUAGUUUUAAAAGCAGCAGUGACCCGUUCACCGGGGCCCUCGGUCGGGCUGUUUAGAUGAGUCUGGGAUACUGAUUGCAGUUGACAAGCUACUGUAUCCACUUUUCCGUCCCCCGCUCUUCUAAACCAGGAAAUCGGCCAGCUUCAGAUCUGAAAAGAAAAAGGAAGUGAAGAGACGAGUCGCACUCUCGCCUAACAAUGAGCGAGUCCAGCAUUUGCCAGGCCCGGGCCACUGUCAUGAUCUACGAUGACGCCGGUAAGAAGUGGGUGGCGGCGGGACCCGGCCCUCAAACCAUCAGCCGUGUGCAGAUCUACCACAGCCCUGCCAGUAACAGCUUCCGGGUGGUGGGCCGCAAGAUGCAGACAGACCAGCAGGUGGUGAUUAAUUGUCUAAUCACAAAAGGGCUGAAGUACAAUCAGGCCACCCCUAACUUCCAUCAGUGGAGGGAUGCACGGCAGGUGUGGGGGCUCAACUUCAGCAGCAAGGAUGAUGCGUCAAAUUUCGCCAGUGGUAUGACGCAUGCGCUGGACGUGCUGAGCUCCCUGCCUGAUGCAGCUCCAGGUUACUCCACUCUCCCCCGACCAGCUCAGAAUGGACCCUCUCCAGAGGAACUGGAGCAGCUGAGAAGGCAGGAGCAGCAGGAGCGAGAACGACAGGAGUGGGAACGACAAGAACGGGAGCGGGAGCAGCGGGAGCGGCAGGAGCGGGAGCGGCAGGAGUGGGAGCGGCAGGAGCGGGAGAGGCAGGCUGCAGCAGUAAUUAUUCCACCUGCACCUCCAAUGCCAGCAGUUGGCGGCCCCCCACCCCCUCCCGGUCCCCCGCCACCACCUGGGCCCCCACCUCCUCCGGGACCACCACCUCCAAGUAGUGCAGGUCCACCACCUCCUCCGAGUGGUGCAGGUCCACCACCUCCUCCGAGUGGUGCAGGUCCGCCACCUGCUCCUCCGCUGCCCAUGUCCUCAGGAGGUGAUGGAGGAGGAGAUGGAGGGGGUGGAAGCGGAGGAGGAGGCCUGGCUGCGGCCCUCGCUGGUGCCAAACUGCGUAAAGUUGCCAAGCCGGAGGACAGUGGCCCAGGACCCACAGCAGCGCCAGCGCCGCCCCCUAAGACUGACGCAAGCCGCAGUAGUGCCUCCCUGCCAGGAGGGGGCGGCGGAGGAGGAGGAGGCCUGAUGGGAGAAAUGAGCGCCAUCCUUGCACGACGGAGAAAAGCUGCAGAUAAAGGAGAAAAGCCCCCCGAAAAGGUUCCCAUCAAACCGGAGGAGCCGAGUACUGACGACACUGAGUCUCCAGGUGAUGCACUUAGGAGACCGUGGGAGAAGUCAGCCACCAUGCCGAGGAACAACUCUGUCUCCAGGGGCAUGGAUACCAUUGCCUCAGUUCCCUCCCCAGGCCAGUUUCCCAGGACGAAGCCGGUGAGUAGCAGUAAUGAUGCAGCGGGCGGUGACGAAUCGGAUUUGGACAGACUAAAACAGGAACUUCUGGAGGAGAUGCGCAAGGAACUGCAGAAAGUGAAAGAGGAGAUCAUUAGAGCAUUUGUUCAGGAGCUGCAGAAGAGAGGCUCAACAUAAUCCCGUGGGCAGUUUGGGGGGGUGGACCUUUGUCCCACCUGGGAUAAUGUUUUCUAUUCCUUUCCCUCAUUUUUUUUGUUCCCCUUUCUCUCAAGCACAAGUUAAUGCAAACGGGGUAACCUCGACUUGGACAUGCCAAAAGACUGUUUGCCUCGUCAUUUGCUCACACUUUUUCUCUUUCCUUCUGUUUUUUUUUCUUCCCACAACAGCACAUUUUCUCACGAACAGAGCUCUCCUGUGUAAUUUGUAUUUUUUCAGAUCUUAAUUCCCAUUAAUAUAAGGGUCCACAGAAUAUGAAAAGUUAUAUAUGAUUUGUCAUUGUGUACCGAAUGACUGUGCAGCAACAACUUUAUGCCUGUAAAUCAAGAGGGACUGUGGUUGGUUCUGGUACUGUGGGGUCAGGCCACAGGGGAAUCUUCAGGUAGACCACUGUGGACUCGGCAAGACCAAGAUGUAGGACUGAUCGCUGAUGCCACCGUCUCAGGGAUAAGCAGAAUUGCAUUAGCACAAAGAUUUCAUACAUUACACCCGAUCCCACAGUUGGGCAUGGUGAUCACUAUAGAAUCCUCAUAGCGAUGAUGAUGAUGGGAAAGAGCUACAGAUACUAAAACUGGGACUUGAGAAAAGUGGGGAAAGAGGGUGGAGUGGCUGGAACCUAAGAGGAUGGUGCACUUGUGGACUCGUCUGUGGCCUGGUCUGAUGCCUCCUGUGUAUCAGAGGGAACCUGCUUUGAGGUGUACUGUGUGCUCAGGGUCCCGCACUAGCAAUAGCAUUAGCACAACCUCAGUCAAGACAGCAACCGUCUGUUCUGCUUCCCUCUGCUCUAUAUGCAACACAGUUCACGAUUUCAUACUGUAGUUUAGCGGUAAGACUUUUUAAAGAAAGUCUUAAUUGCCUUGAAGAUGUCUAAAUAUAUGUAACUUUUUGAGGGAAUUUAAAACGUAAUUGUUUUAGCUAAGACUACUGGUGAUGGGUGAAUGUUUUUUUUUUUUUCCUUUUUAAAAAUGAAUAUUUUGACCUUAAUUUAAUUUCUUUUUUCUAUUAGAAUAUAGCCUUUUUACACUGAAAUAUGAUAGUAUAAAGACACUGGACUAAACAUGGACUUGUAGUCAAAUACAACUGCUUAUUGUACUGCGUCUGCCUCCUAGCAUUCCUUUACACUAUGUGCGUAAAAGUGAUUCGUAGGGAACUCAAGGGGUAGCAACAUGCUCACUAAGAUGAGUAAAUGGGGUAACAGACUGUAUCGUAACAUCUAAAGAUACAGAAUGUGACAAUAAAUGAAUUACUAGUAAGUUAACAUAAUGGAAAUUUGUAUUUAAAGACACACUGUUUUUUUUUUUUUUUGUAAUGUUUUGCCCAUAUGCACGUUUUUUUUUCCAUUCAAAAAAACAUGUCAUUAUGUUAAUUUUCUAAAAUUCCCAGUGAGACUGUGAGGGCUGUGAUGGACUGUCAUCUAGCCUAGGAUGUGCCCUGCCAUGUACCCUCCGAUUCCUGAGAUUGAUUCCAAAGUUCAAGCUUGUAUGUCAUAUUAUUGUCAGUAUGCUUCCUCAUCUACAGAGGUAAGUAUAUAUCUCAAGGGAACAAAAAAAGUACUCUUUAGAGUUGGAUUUGAAUAUAGUGGGGAGAUAACUCAUUACAAUGUUUUACAUUAAGAGAACCAAUCAGUGUUGUGCCCCCGCGGUACUUAAUUUAUAAUGUGAUGUAUAAACGUACCUUCGCACAUAAAUGCCUUCUGCAUAUUACACUCUUUGACGUUUGUUUAGGCUAAUUCUGCGUUGGUGGUAUAUAAAAAAAAAAAAAUUAAAGGUGAAAUAAUGGCUUAAC